UGUUGAUUUCUAUCCAUCCAGUUUACUCUCUAGCUUUACCUAAACUUAUCUACCCAGAUAAUUUCAAUCUACACUCUACACUCUACAGUUACACUAAAUAAAUUUUUUUCAAGGUGUAGGUGUUUACGCGGUACGCUUACGCAAUGAGUGGUAGCGACGAUAAAGAGACCCAGUGUGAGGAAAGGACAACCGAGUCAAGCAACGAGAUCAUGGGUGACGUCCUUGCUAAAGAAGCUGAAGAUUCCGUAGACGUUGAUGCCGAAAUUAAAAUAAAAGAUGAAUCUCAAGCACUAGAUAGAGUUGGCGCUCAAGUUGGAGACAAAGUUUCUGACGAAAAUCAAGACAGAGUCGAAGCUGAAACAGAAACUCAAGUUGAAAUUCAACUGGACUCUCAACCUAAUCAGGACAAUGACAAUUAUCCUGGGGUAACAACAGACUCCGAAGAGGAGUCACGUUUCAGAAAUAUUUCACCAUGUGAAGCUGAUGCUGCUCCAGAAAUUCCUGUCGUUCAAUUAAUUCCCGAGUCGACAUCUACGGAUACCCAGACAACCCAAACUACCAAUGACAUCUGGAAUUUAUCUAGAUCUCAUGAUAAUGAUGAUGAUAAUGAAGAAUUGUCAUCUUAUUUUGGUCAAACUCAAACAAAUAAACAUGAAAAAGUUUGCACUUGCGAGACUUGUGUUGUACAAAGGAAUUUUAUACGUGAUAAAAUAACAAAAGUAUGGAAGUGGCAGAGUCAAGGAUUGAAAAUACGUGAAUAUAUACGUGCUGUGUUUAGUGCAGCGAUUGAAUCUCCUUGUGUGCCUAAUAUUCGCAAAUAUGAAUGUGAUCCUGAUCAUUAUGCUCAACUUAAGGAGAUUGUUAAUGAUCUUGUAAAAAAUCACCCACACAAAUUUUUCCUGAUGCUGGUGAUCCAAGCGCAAGAAUUUGUCGUUGAAUUAAAAAUACGUAUUAUGCGUCCACUUCAAGAUAAUAAUUUAGCGCGUAUUGCUGAAAUAUUUCUUACAAGACUUUUAAAUGGCUACGACAUUUUAAUAGCAACGGCAGCUCAAGUUACCGAUUUAAUAAAACCUCUCGAAGAUAAUCAUCUCUCAAAAUUCAACAUAACUUGGGAAUUUUUCAACAAAAAACUCUACCAAAACUACAUUUAUUUUUACGAGCCAACAAUUCGAAAUAUUCUGCCAUCGUUAGUCCGGCAGUUGCGUAAACCGCGGAAAGGAAAAGGUUACAAAGUUCUGUUAGAGCGGUAUCUAGGCUUCGUAGACGAGAUGAUGCGAAUCGCAGACUUGUGGCUUGAGAAAGAAUUGCUUAUCGACAAGUACAAUGCGCUGCAAACACGUCGUAUUAUUGACAAACGUAAAGCCAGCACAUCUUGGACACUUCACACUAUCGAAGAAGCGACAAAAGUCGAAAGCGAAUGUACCCUAGAGGUCCCAGGCCUGGGUUUAAAUCUAACUCCAUUUGACUCCUACUUUAUAAAAUUACUUGAGCGUCUAGAGUCACCACCAGACUCUGAAUUCGUCCACAAGAUGCUCGACGCCUGGAGUAGACAAGCCUAUCAAACACUAGCUCUAAGUUCUCUAGGAAUUUAUUGGCACAAAGAGCGCGAGAUAGCAGGCGACGGUGUGACACCCGACGAUCCUGGUUAUUACUUUGGUUAUCAAGCGGCUGCAUGGUUGGUGUUAAGUCGCGCGACUGACACGACUCUAGAAGUUGAUACCAAGUGUACAAUCUGCGGUGAUUUAGCCUGGGUGUCACACUUAGUCGUAGGUGGUCGUACCAAAACCGGUCAGUGCGCUCAUCCGACGUUAAAAUCAAACGGUGAUAUAACGACAGUAUCUUCAUCAGUAUCAGCACCUUCUUCACCCUCACUUAUAGCUUCCGCUGGUGACAGUAGUAUGACAAAUAAUAAUACAGACAAUAAAAAACGUAAGGGAUGUUUGUGUACAUAUAGACAUCUAGGUGAAUGGCAAGGCUCGACCUUUCGCGGUUUAUUAUUAUUCCCACCAUGCCUGUGUAUGUUGAAUAUGCGUCAAUUACCAGACUCUGCUUGCCCUUGUGUUCGUGAAGAGCCACCACGUAUGUCGAGUCGUAAUAACAAGGCGAGUGAUCAGCAACCUGCUACCCAGAUGAUAGACAAUGGAGAUGCUGUUAAAAUGAACAACGGCAAGCCACUGGUACCACAGACAAGGCAUUCAACGACACAAACACCCAAUGGUAUGCAUUCUCACAAUCAUGGUCACACUCAUAAUGGACAUAAUUCACACCAACAUCAGCAUCAGCAUCCACAUCCUAAAUGUACAGGACACGGGUCUGAUAUAAAAGGAAUAAAACACAAUCAUCCGCAUUGCCAUAAGUUGCCGAUUGAACAAAUACGCAGGGUGUCGUGUAAUAGCUUGCAUACUGGUGGUGCUGAUGGCAACUGCUCGGACAGUGGAAGUAUUGAAGAUUCAUGUUCAACUGGUGGUUCAUCAUCGCCACGCGAUGCUGGACGUCACUGUGAUUGUUGUUACUGCGAAGUAUUUGGUCAUGGAGUACCGAGUGUUGCGCCAGUUAGUCGUAAUUACAAUGAAACACGUGAAAGAUUACGACAAUUGUUGACUAAGAAAAAAGCUAAAAAAUGUAAUAAAGUAACGUCGGGCAGUGGAUCAACAGCUGCUACAUCAUCGUCUUGUAGUCCACCAGUCAGUCCAGCAGAAUCACCAUCAGAUAAUUCUGCCACACGUGGAAGAUCUGAUACCCCAUCGACAACCUCUGAGUUACGUGACGACCGUGAUUUGGAUACGCUUAUUAAAUUUAUUGAAGGUAAUCAAAGAGAUUUUGAUGCGGGAAAAAAAGAUACUAAGAAAAGUGAGAAAAAAGCCAGGCAAAAAUUAAAAAAAACUGAGGAAGCUUUGAAAUUGCAGAAAGAAGAAUUAGAUCGAAAAAAAAUUGUUGAGUUACAGAAAAAAACACCUGGUGUGACGAUAACUGUCGUUGAUCCACAAAAACCUCAACAAAAAUCGUUGACGAAUAGAAAUUUACCAGAAGUUUCUAUUUUGCCAGCUGUGCCGAAGAAGAAAAUAGAGCAGAAUAAAAUUAAAGAGAAGGUUAAAGAGACAGUUGUUAGUACGGGUAAAAGUAAAAAGAAAAAGAAACAAAAAAUUGUGGAACCAGAGCCUGAACCUGAGCCAGAACCAGAACCAGAACCAGAACCCGAACCCGAACCUGAACCAGUGCCGCUGACAAAAAAAGAACGGAAGAAGUUGAAGAAAGAAAUGAAGAAGAUGGAGCUGCAGAAAAAUAAUAAAGUAAAUACGCCUGAUGGUAAUAAUAGUAAUGACGGUAAGGUUUCAAAAGACCAACCGCAAAUUGUUACGAUAAAAAGAGUCAUGGAGGCAAAUAACGCGGAGCCAACUGUUACGAUAACUCUCAAAGGACAAACCCCUGCUGAAGAUAAAGUUUUGUUUACGUUAGUUAAUGGCCAGACUAAAGAACCUUCCAAAGAAACUGCUGGGAAGAAGAAGAAAAAGAAGAAGGGUCAAGAUCUUCAAGCUCAAGCUCAAGCUCAAACUCCUGUCCAAGUUAACCAGGUUUCUAAUCAGGCGAAGAGUGGUAAAGACAAGGAGGCUAAUAAAGGUAAAGUCAAGAAAGAUGAUAAGAAGAAACAGGGACAAGGGCAAAUACAAGGACCAGUACAAGGGAAAGGACAAGGGCAAAUGCAAAAUAAUAAUAAAGCACCGGUCGAAACUCAGUCACAAAUUGCCAGUGAAACAAAAACGAAGAAAAAGGACAAGAAAAAUGCUGAAAAUAAACAGCCGCAACAAAAUGCGGUACAACAAAACAAUAGCACAAAGAAAAAUCAAAGUGAUGGCAACAAUAAAGGGAAGAAACAGAAGACUGUUACUCAGCCACUUACUGAAAUAAAAGUACAGAGUAAUGUUAAUAGUAAUAGUAAUAGUAAUGUUAAAGUAAGUGAUGGGGGAAAGAAACAGCAGCAGAAAUUACAUCAACAGCAGCAACAACAGCAAUUGCAGUCACAAUUACAACAGUCGCAGAAAAAGAAAAAAGACAAUCAGAAGAACCAGAAACAAACUAAGCAAACGCAACAAUUGCAACAAAAGGUGCCUACGGGUAGUAAUAAUAGUAAUGUUAAUAAUAAUAAUAAUAAUAAUAAUAAUAAUAAUAUUAAUAGUAAUAAUACUAGUGCUAAUAGUAAUAGCGGGGGUUCAAUGCACAGUCAGUUGAAAGAUUCUAGAAUAAAUAUUGAGAAUCUUAAAUUACCCCCUGGUAUUACGAUAACAAAAGUUGACGUACCGGUCAAGCCGUUGCCGAUAAAAUCAACUCCGCUUGCAAAAGCUGCCAGCAAUACGUCGAAACAGGCGACGAUUAUCGCCGCUCCGAUGACUGCCGCUGGAAUUCAGGGCUAUGGUGGACCACAGGCUGGUGCUAAUGUUAUUGUUGUUGACACGGGGAAACUCAAGCAGGACCUAAACCCAAAUGACAAAGGUGCUUCCAAAGAGCCAAGCAAAUCAAGCAAAAAGAAAAAGAAGAAGAAUGCCGCAGCUGCUGCUGCUAAAAAUUCAUCCCAGGGUAACAAUUCACGUGCGAAAUCAACUGACGAAUCGGGACGGUAUCAAAACGAAGACUUAGCGCGUAUUGUUCACAAUCCUGGAUCAAAUAUGGUGACGAUCCGCAACCCGGCAUUCGGAUCAAUACCAAAAGUCGAACCGGUCCAGCAGCAGGCGGCUAUUAUAAAACUAUCUGACAAUGGGAUGGUGACAAUACGAAGUCCAGCUUUGCAGCAUGCAUUGAAUAAUGGUCUGACACCUCCACCUAAACCAGAUUUUAUAGUGAAAGGUGAAUUUCUUAAUGACAGCAGUAAACCUUCGGGACAAAAAAGUGCAAAUAUAUCUUCGAGUUUAGCUGACUUACGCAGUCGCCUCACCCCCGAUUGCACCGGCAUCACUGGCCUUGCUAACAUACAAAUAAGCAAAGUAACCAGUGGUCAGCAAGUGAUACCUGAAAACGGCAUUAAUUUAAAAGGAACCAGUGUUACUUUGACAAAAGUCAAAAAUCCAGAUGUUAAGUGCGACUUUGUUGGUGUCUCGUCUACUGUUGCCAAUAUAACGAUUCCUCCGACAAAUGCCACCGGUGGUUCUGCUCAUGAGCUAUCGUCCAAUGGUCCCAGUGAUUUAAGUCAGCAUCAACAUCAGCACCAACAUUCACCCCCACCUCAACCGCAGGCCUCAUUAGCCAAAGGAAAAAAAAAGAAAAAAAAAGGAACUGGUGCUAGAUCAUGUGGCGAUGACUGGAAUCUCGUUGAGAGCGUAUUCACGCCGAAAGAUAUAGACGAGGAUGGAGAAAUGGACGACGCAGAACGUGAACUGGAGGCAUUCAAACGUUUCUGUCUGCAAUCGGUACCACCACCACGUAAGGAGAAGGUUAAUCUCAAUAUUAAAGAUAUUGUUCUUAAGAAAAAAUCUUCUUCAUCAUCAUCGUCCUCAUCAUCAUCAUCCUCAUCGUCUUCAUCAUCAACUUCUUCAGCAGCCGCCGCGGCUAUUAUUGCUGCUAAUUAAUUACUUACUUUUCACUCAUUCAUUAAUUCAUUCAAUAACUUUUUUUUUAUUUUUAUUCUAUCGAUUGACUUUUUACCGAACAACAAACUGCCAUAUCAGAAUUAACGGGAAAUAUUUUUAUUUGAAUUUAAAAAAAUAAUUAAAAUUUUUUACUGCACAGAAAAAAAUUAUCUUGAGUUGGAAAAAAUUUUUAGCGCCAAUAAAUUUUUAUUUCUGUGUAUGAUUAAGUAAUUAAUGACUUGUUAAUAAAUUAAUUAAAUGGUCAAUAAUAAGUCGAUUAAAUAAAAAUAAAAAUAUUUAAAAAUUUGAUACGUAUGGAGACUGAAAAAGUUUUAAUGAGACUUUGCACGUGUCAAUUUUUUUUUUAUUUAAUAAAAUAUGACACGUGAGAUAAAUUAAGACGAGCUGCAAAAGCUUAAACGUCCGUACGCCGAAAAGAUUUAAUAAAUAAUCGAGAUCAAGAUAAUAAACAGAUCUCAAUUUUUGUUGAUAAAUAAAUAAAUAUAUAAAUUGAAUAAUUAAAAAGCAUUUUGUACUACGAGCUUUAGAAUUAAUUAUUACUAUAUAAAUAAUUGUAUAUGUAUUGUAUUGUAUGUAUAGUUAAUUGAAAAGUAAUUAAUUAAUUAUUAAGAAAGGGUAUAAUUGUUUUAUCAAGUUAUUAUUAUGAUAAAUAAAUAAGAAAAAUGUCUUUUUUGAUAAACAAUUACCUCGAAAUGUAUUUUGUAAUUCGUGUCGGUGAUUUAGUGUCGUAAGAGUCAAUUUU